AUGAAAGUAGUGAUGGGCAGUAACAGAUAUGGAAACAAGUCUAACGUUUGUGACAUAGUGAGCAGCCCUGGUCCUGAAGAUGAUCAGUUGAGCUUAUGCUGCUUGUGUGGCCAAACAUUCCCAAGUAUUAAAUCUCUCCAUACGCACAUCAAUGUUGUACAUGAAGAAGUUGCUGAUUCUUUCGAUUUUAACCCAACAAAUGGCGAAAAUGACGACCCUGCGCCAAUUGACUUGAGAUGUCAUAUUUCUCGUCCUUCGCAUAAUGAAGAAUUAACAUCUCGAUCUAAUAGUCCUAUCCCUUGUCCGAAUUGUCGAAAAUCCUUCUCAGAUGUGACAAGUUUACGAGCUCAUAUUGAUGCUGUCCAUCAAGAUAAUCGAACAGCUAGAUGUGAUAUAUGUGGGAAGACUUUUACCACCGUAUCGUAUCUUCGAUUGCAUAUUACUACUGUUCACGAAGGUGUACGUGCAUAUAUUUGCAGUCUUUGUCAGAAAAGUUAUACACAAAAGCAUUCUUUGAAAAAGCAUCUUAUGAACGCUCAUUCAAUUAUUAUGAACAAGGAUGGUAUGAUAGAGUAUGCAGGAUCAAAUAAUAACAAUAAUGGUGCAAUCUAUAAAUCAACCCAGUCUGGAUAUCCUGAUGAAACACGAGCGCCUAAAUCACGUAAAAAGUUACUCCUCGAUUCUCCUCUCACGCCUGAGUCUUCUAGUCCUAGCCCAUCUGGAAUAAAUAAUGUGGAAAGUCCUGCUUCCUCUGAAACAAAAGCCCAUUGCAACUCAUAUGUAAGUUGACAGCAUUUCUCCUACCAUACUCUACUUUAUAACAGAAUUCUUGUGUAUAUUUGAGUUAUGAGACUUCGAAAACAUGAGUUCUGCUUUUACCAGAUGUAGAGAUUGAACAUGUAGCAAGUAAUCUAUAAAAAUGAACGACUUUGUCACAUAGUAGAAUUUUUAACAAUGCCAUAUUUUCCAGUUUAUUAAAUGUUUGGCGAGUCUGAAUGCAUCUCAAAUAUGAAUUCUUUAGUUUUACAGUCUCCUGGUCUUUAAUUUAUCAUGUUAAUGAACUCAUCGCCGCUGAGAUGAUUCACUGUGGCGUUGUGUUUAGCGCCUAAUCAACGUUUUUCAUUUCGCUUAAAGUGAUAUUCAGUCUUUGCCUCUGUAAUGUCAUACUCAAACCGAUCGAUAGUUCCUACUAUGCCAUGGUGGUUGGUUUUGCAUAUCACAACGAACUGCAGUGGUUACAGUUCAAAACAUACCAAAAAAUAUUGUUUGCUUAGCAAGUAGAUUAAAAGUUGUUACCAUCAUAGUAAAAAUUUUUCACACUAUGUUGGGGGUCCGUGGGAAAACUGUUACUACUGAGGAGUAGGGGUGUAACAGCAGUAAGGUGUUCCCUUCCUCUGACCAGUAUGCCGUCCAUGCUGCUUCUCUUCUCUGGAAAGUAGGAGGUGGGUUAGAAAAGGCUGACAGUGAAAACUGUGUAUCCGGACUUAACUUGUGGCCGUCCGUAGCCUGUGGUAAGAUGUAAGUACGGAUAUGUAAUUCCAAGAAAGAAAGUCGUGUGUGAUCAGCCUGUUUAGAGUACGAAGUACGAGAACUGUAAUCAUUAUACCGAAGUGUGAUAUUGUUUCACUUAUAAUAUUAAUAUAGAAUCGUCGUUAUGUCAAUGUGGGAAACUCAACUACCAGUUAGUUAGCCGAUUCAUUCUUUCUACUUUUGCCAACUGGUUAUUUUCAUUAGCCAGUGAACAACAAGUACAGCACAUAAAUCAGAACACAGGAAGGUCCAUAGGCUUUACAAAAAAAUCGUUGAUUAGUGUCGUAAAAACUCCAAUGAUGAGGUUAAAAACACUGAGACGCGUAGCACUUUGUAAAGUGCUGGUUUUGCCAUGCACAUGGUCUGGGGUUCGAUCCCCUGCCGACGAACACCUGAUAUCUAUGGUCGGCCUGUAAAAUUUGGGCUACCGAUAUCCAUGCUGAAAAUUCCAUACUUGUACCAAAACUACGGUUUGGAAUCAAGCUGUAAUCAAAAAUAAAAAAUAUUUAAAAA